AUGGCAGACUCUACAAACGCAGCAGGUGCACCGCGAGUAUGCGUAGCCUGCAAUAAGGCUGAGGUCGAACUGACCACUGGCUCUGGCUUAAAAAGAUGUAGCCGCUGUCAGAAAGCGACAUACUGCUCCAAAGACACCACACGCACCAAACCUACAACCACGCCUCUUGGGCCUCCUCACCCUCUCCUGUUCAACUACUUCAAAGACUUUGACACUGAGUCCAAGACUUACGAGAUGCUCAUUGAUGCCUUCCGCCUUCGCUGCGACGACGACUAUGCUUGGGGCGCUCAUUACCAUGGCAUCUAUGGCCGAAAGCCCCCGCUCCCGGUGUUCCGCGAUUUUCUGGCUCGUGCGAAAGCCGCGGGGAUGUUGCCACGUUGGUGGGAUGAGGAGAAGGAGAAGGAGUGUGUGCGAAUGGCAACGGAGGAUGAACACUUCAACAUUAAGUUUGCGGUGGAGAAACAUGAUAUCGUGGAGCACUACGAGGAUCGCCUCAUGCCGAUGACGCUACGUAUGGCUGCAGAAAAUGUCUAUGGCGGCGGCUAUGGGAUGGGGCAGAGACCAAUGCCGGAGGACUAUGUGUGUCAAUGUUGA